AUGUCUCCGUCGCAGAACGCAGUUGAGCUUUGCGCUCUUCUAGUCAACGAGACCUAUGGAGAACUUGCCUCUCGAAUUUUCACCAUCCUCCUACGACGGGGAAGAUUACCAGUGUCUGCAUUAUCGCAGCAUACACGUCUUACACCUCGGCAGCUACGACAUGGCCUUGCAGUCCUCGUCCAGCAGAACCUUGUCUACCACAAUUCCGACAAAGAUACUGGCCUGACCCAUUAUGAGGCAAAUCACGAUGCCGCAUACGCAUUGGUCCGGUCUGGCAAGAUCAUGGAAUUUGUGCAAGACAAAUAUGGACCCUUAGCGCGAGAUGUGGUGCACAACCUACUGCUGUUGGGCCAUACCCAAAUAUCGGACCUCGAAGAAGCAUAUGAGUCAAAGGGGAAGGACAAGGUUAACGGAAGUGGUUCUGACCGUCCUGCUGUGAAUGGUAUGAAUGGACAUGCGAAAUCCAAUGCUGUCUCUGCCGGCCAGUUGCAUACUGUACUGUUCCGGCUGUUUGAGGCUGGGCUGAUUGAGCGUGUCAUUGCGGAUAUGUUCAGAAGCCCUUCAGAUACAUACAACCAGCUGGAGAAAGAUAUCAUGCGCGAUUCAUACGGAGGCAGCGCAAAAGGCCCCAAGCAAAAGGAUGAGCUCAAGUCCAGGAUCCGCGAUAAGCUUCAGGACAUGAGAGCCAAUGGUCGGGAUUGGAAACCUAACGGCAAGAAGAGGCCGCUCAAUGGUGAGCAUAUGAACGGUGCGACCAAGAGGAGAAGACUAUCCCAUGGAAGCGGUGCUGUCAACGGUGAUCCUGUUCAUGAAGAUGAUGGCUUUAGACUUGACCCGAACUUGGUUCUACGAAUCAACUACGAGAAAUGUACGGUCAUACUCCGUAACCAACAGCUUGUUGAAAUGGCGAGAAUCAGAAUCGGAAAGACCACCUCCCAAGUUUAUGAAGAGCUUCUCAGCAUGUUAGAAGCCAAGAUCCCACGUUGUCGACCGGACCCGAUGAUUGAUAACCCUCAAGCUGAGGAUGAGGUGGAUGGACCUUCUGUCUCGACCAUAGAAGUUGCAGCUGCUCUUAGUAGAUCUAUCAGAGUUGGAGAAGGUAUCGGGAGAGCUUCCGACGACAAUACUGAGCCUGCCACAUCUGGACAGUCACAAUCAAGCAAGAAGCGCAGAGCUAGCGAAAUGGAGGCUGAUACCAAAGGAAACUUGGGCAAAGAUGAAGAUGCAUCGGACAAGCGAAGUGGUGUGACCGAAAAUGGGAAGGUACCGGGGGCUGACCAUGACUCGGACGGCCACAGCGACGAUCCAUUCGCAGAUUCUCCUCCGUCAAAGGCGAAACGACCUAAAGUAACAUUUCAAGACAAGCCUCCAAAAUCCAUUUCCGCCGAUGACAAGGACAACCGUAUGAUGCAAGUCAAGAACCACCUUAUGUUAUUAGCAGGGGACGACUGCCAUUUCAUUAAAAAGUGCGGUAUCCGGGGACUGGGCGAGUGGUGCGUUGAUUUUGAGUCACUCGUCAAGAAAAUGCAAGAGAUCGAACUAGACCAGCUACUCUUGGAGAAUUUCGGUGAACUAGGUCAUCGGCUGGCUCGAAUGAUGAGGAAAUUGGGGAAGCUGGAUGAAAAGCAACUGCCCAAUUUGGCUCUUGUUAAGCAAAGGGAUAUGCGUACAAAGCUGGCUGAGAUGCAAAUGGCGGGCGUCGUCGAUAUCCAAGAAGUACCGAAGGAUAGCAGUCGCGGCAACAACGCCCGGACACUUUUCCUUUGGUACUUCGAUCCCGAUCAGGUUUCCAUGGCUCUCCUGGACCGGAUCUACAAGUCAAUGUCCAGAAUGCUUCAGCGGUUAGAGAUCGAGAGACGAAAAGCACAUACGAUCCUCGAACUAACCGAACGCUCAGAUCUGAGAGAUCAAUCUCCAGAGGACUACUUGACUGGCGCGCAGUUGAACGAACUUCAAGCUAUUCAACGCAAGGAGGAACAGUUGCUUGGCCAAAUCGGAAGACUUGAUCAAUUGGUUGGUGUUUUCCGGGAUUACUAG